UGUUUUAUAUACCAUCCAUGAAACUUCUCAGUUCCCGUGUGGUGUUCUAUGGACUCGCACCUCUAAGAAUUCGCGUUUAAUUGUUUUUGUUUAUUAUUUUGUGUAAUUUUUCUCGUGGACAAUAACAGCAGGUGUACAUCUGUGAAAUGACCGACAAGGACCCUGACGCGCCGACUGUUGUGCAGACUAACCUGAAAUUGCUGUUGGAACAAACGAGUUUAUUCCCAUUAAUUGAAGGCCGGUGCGUGCUGUGCCUGUUCUGGGCGUUGAGCGCUGUGUGCCGUGCCGUGCCGUGCCUGGCGGGUCGGGGCGGGUGGCCGUGCGUGCGCCUGUGCGGAGAGGCGGUGCGGCGCCCGGCGCGCGUUUGAAUGGGCGCAGUGCAGACGGCGCUUCCGCUCCUGCGUCGCGCACCCCGCGUGUGCCCUCCUUCCGCCCCCGCAUCAUGAACACGACUCCUAGCUCCGCGUGCGCUUGAAAACCCCCCCAACGCUCCGUCCUGUCGUUCGCGCUGCGCGGAACUGAGUGAUACGAGGGACCAAAAUCCGUCGUGACGUGAGUGUGCGUGGAUGAAGUCCUCUCCCGGCGUGUGGACUGUGGAAGCUGACAAAGUGGACGCGUUCUCGCCCGCCCGCGCUGCGCACGCCGAGAUGGACUUCCACGGGACGGGAGCGCCGCUGGCGGUGCCCGCGCCGCCGCCCGCGCUGCCGCUGCACCACCCCCACCACCACGUGGCCCCGGCGCACCACCUCAGCCAGCACCAGCUGCACCAGCUGCAGACGCUGGUGGCGGCGGACGAGUCGCAGCACCACGGCCCGCAGGCGCGCUGGUCGCAGUACCAACACCUCUGGAGGCAGCACCAGCUGCACGUCAACGGUAACCGCCCCCCUCACACCCACGCACCCACUACAAGCACAGGAAUGAGAGGAAGGGCCCUCGCGAUAUCGGCCGCUUUC